AUGACGAAAACUAGAGAAGAGCUUAUAGCCGAGUUUCAGAACGACGACUUGGAAUUGUGUGCGAUGACCAUUGCCAUUGAUGGCCAUGACCAGCCUCUCCGGUACUCACAAGAUAUGGAUGAGAUGCCCCAACGGCUCCAUUUUGUUCUUCCUGAAAAGAGCACCUAUACCUUGACAAUUCGCUACCGAGCCAAGAGACCAAUUCGUCUGCUUGGGUAUCACCAGGUUGUGAAAAAACAUGGAAUUCCAUUUGAUACAAGAAAAUUGCCCAUUGGUGACAAUAUCGUGCCCAAUACCGACGAUAAUCCCUACCAUGAAGUGACAUUUCCACCUCAUACGCUUCCUAGUGGUUCAUUAGUCCGGGGAAAGUACCCAGCAACUUCUACGUUUCUUGAGAACGGGAAGGCUAUUUUUUCGUGUGAGUGGAUCAUCGAGAUUGUCAAAAGAGACAGGCAGCCGGAAUCCAAGGGCUUUGACUAG